UUCUUCGGUACAAUAAAACUCAAUCCAAAGAAUUGGAGAAAUACACCUAAGAGACAGAUUUGGCGAUACACCAACUGUUCGACGAAUUGCCCCAACGAAGUUUAUGGAGGAAAAAGACUGGGAAGCUUCCUCUUCGAGCGAAAACGAAGCUGAUUUUCCAAACGAUGAUGACGAGGAGUUUCAUUCUGGUGGUUCAGUGCCCAGGUUACAGUUCAGAGUAGGAUCAUCCAAGGCUCGUUGGAUUGCCGAAUUAGGAAUGGCUGAAGUUGAGGUCAAAAGGGGAAAACUUUGGACAACUACUGGAAUCAUCCGUAGUGGAAAGACAUAUUGCUCCAUUGAAGAGGCUCUGUAUUUGAGUGAAAUAGGAGAGUUGCAAAUCUUAGGUAGUGAAGAUGAUGUUGUGAUACCGUUGAAGGACUUGUAUGAGAAAAUUGCAGAGGAAAAAAGCGGUUGCUGUUGGGAAAACUACGAGGUUUAUAGAUACUUAAAGGGUCUAGGCUACAUCCUAGGCAGGCAUGGAGUUUCUUGGACGUCAAAGAAUGCUGCGAUUUCGACACCAAGUGGGCAAGAAGAGUCAGUUUGCUCCGGUGAAUGUCCUGAAGACAAGGAUACUGUAACUCAACUCUUGGGAGAUAUGCAGAUCUGCAAUGCAAAAGCGGUGUAUGACGUGUAUUUGCCGAAUAGUCGGUUCAAGAAGUCUUCUCCUAAUGAACCGAGCUUUGUGGCUUGCUUCUCCGGGGACUCUCCACCAAGCAAAGAAGAUAUUAAAGUUCUGCAAAAGCGCAUAGCUGCACCAUUAAUGUUCUGUCACAUAGCUCAGGGCCGCGCCAGUUUCUUUUCCUUCUGUUCCAUAGACCUCCCUGUCUUACCAUAAAAUGUAACAAAAGACUGAACGAUCUUGUAUUCUUUAGACAAAGUCACAAAACAAAGUAACUUUGAUGAUGAGGUAAUAUGUACGAUUCUAUGUCCUUCUACAGAUGACAAUUUAUAUUUUGGGUUAUAUAUCACGAGAGGUCUUUUACUA